ACCGCCGUUGUCUGCCACCAGAUGGCCAGCAACAACAACAACUGCGAGGAGGCUUCUGAUGAGUUGGACCGAACCCUGACCAAUCUGUCUGCGGCAGAGACCUCCGAUGCUGCUGGAGCGGUGGAUGCGGUCAACAACUCGUCCUCCGCCGCCUCUCGUUCAGCCUCCUUCUCCUUCCCACGCAGCAGCACUGACGUCAAAGAUGCCGAGAAAUGUCGCCAGACUCCACCGCCCUCCGUGGUUGGCGACACGCGGAGUCAACACGGUCUGAACUGCAUACUGAAACCAUCACCGCCCACUUCCCCCUCCAUAUCCACGAACGUCUCCCCGGCGCUGCCUAUGAACGAGGCGAGGAUAUUUGCAUCUGUAGAUGACCACUGGCCUGUCGACAUUGCGGACUACCUCCUUUGCUUACUCUAUCCCACAGCUUCUUGA